AUGGACCACCUGCAGGCGGCCACGACAGCGACGCACUUUGUGGAUCUGGGAGGCGGCUCAGGAUGGCUCUCCAUGCUGGUGAAAGCAGUCAUUCCUGUGGUGCAAGUUGUCUACACGGACAUCUCGCAGGCCGCGCUGGAGGAAGCGGCCGCGAGCUUUCGCGCCAACGGGCUGAUGGUCGAACCUCUGCAGGGCGAUUUCUUCGAUCCCUUGCAAGGUCGCCGGAUCGAUUUCAUCUUCAGCUACCCUCCACAAGUGCCGCCCAGCAGCGGUCACGACGGCGCCAGCCGUGGCAGCCCGGAAGUGGCGCUGGCAACGCCCCAGGGUCGGUCUGAAGCGCACUUCCUGCGGCGAUUUUGCCGCGAAUUGGUGCUGGACCCCCAGGGUGUGGCCUGGUUGGGCGUCACUUGGGAAUUGCUGCAGCAGACCUUGGAAGACUGUUGCGUCCAAGGCUGGAAUGUGACCAUCCCCGAAGCUUUUCGGUUGGACCUUGCGAUCCCCGGCACCCUACUGGAGCUUCGCGUUGCCUCCCCCAAUGUUGGCAUUGCCCCCUGCGCCACCCGGGCGGCAGCGCAGUGCGCCGCCUGCCCCGAGUGGCUGAGCCGCGAGCAGCGGCUGAAGGCGGCGGAAGGGGGACAUGCCACGGCGCAGACGAAGAUGGGGAUAGAACUGAUGCGCGAGGCCGCCGAGGCCCAGGGUCAGAAACGUUCGACGUUGCAACGCCAAGCCAUCCAGUGGUACAAGCGUGCGGCCAAACAAGGGGAACCCAUUGCGGCCACUCGCCUGGGUUUCCUAUAUUUGACGGCUGAUGGCCUGCGAAAGGAUCGCAGCAAAGGUUUGAAGCUUCUUUGGCAGGCUGCACUGCAGGGUGAAGCCAGCGCCAUGUUCGGUCUCGCCGAGACCUUUGCAUUGGAUGCUGCUGUUGACGACGCCUUGAAGUGGUAUCGAAGGGCAGCAGCAGGGGGUUGGCGUGAAGCGAAGCGACAGCUGGGUUUGUUCCUCCUCAGCCGCGGCAUGGCCAGUGAGGAGGCAGAAGAGAUGCUGCGAGAAGCUGCUGUGGAAGGAGACCCCAGAGCCCUACAGUACAGCUUCCGCCACCAUCUCCACAAGAUCUCCGACCAGCAUCCUGGUGAAGAUCUGGGAGUUGACAUCCGCUUUCCCCCGAGGGCCCGAGGCUCACCUUCUGGCUUGGCCGUUGCUACCUUGGUGGUGCAGUUUGAUGGAGACAAAGGUGCAGAGCUGGCUGAAGUUGUGGGGCGCAAAAUCCUGCAGCCCUUCCUGGAAGUUCUCCCCAGGAAAUGCACAGAUGCAGCCAGAUGCCGGGAACUCAUGUUGAAGGUGCCUCGAUCUCGGGGAGACCUGGAAGGGGAUUUGUACACGGGCCCACAAGCCCCUGCUGCCUUUGAGUGGGUUUCGGGCAAAUAUGCGGACUGGAAGGUGAGGGUCCAAGACAAGACCUAUCACUUGCACCGGGUCAUUUUGGCUGAGGGUCCUCGAGGCUGCGACAUGUUCUCAGCCGCCUUCAAUGCUGCAUAUGAAGGGUCUGGUACCGACUUGACUCACUUGCUUCCGCAGCAGUGCCAUGCAGCCUUUGAAACUGCGCUGGACUUUAUCUAUGGCAAAGACAAGGUCGUGAAUGAUGAGAAUGUAUGUUUGCUGAUGAAAAUUGGUGAAGUUUUGCAAUGCGGGGCUCUACUCCGCGAGUGCGGCAAUGUGAUGCUGGUACAUUUGAGUGAUCAGCAUGCUGAAGAGUGGCUUCAAGAAGCGUCGGCUUUGAACCUGAAAGCGGUGGUUGCACCCUGCUUGGAGCGCAUGAUUAACUUGAAGGGUCCCAGCAAUCUGAAGAACUUGGAGCAUUGGGCCAAGGUGGACGAGGAUAUUUGCAUCGAGAUCCUCUCCAAAGACGACCUUCAGGUGGAGGAGGAUGAUGUGGCGGAAUUUGUCAUGCGAGUGGUGGGAUGGGUGGAGGACCCAAGGGUUCAGCAAUCCCUUUGGAGCACCGUACGCUUUGCUGGUGUGUCAGAUGCGGUUCUCCAAAAGGUGGAGCCUUCACCCAGCAACUUUGAGGCCAUGGCCAAAGGCCUUCGCGCCAAAUGCCUCGGAGAGACACCCCACUGGAGAGGCUCCUAUUGGACCAGUGUGAUGGGCAGAGGCCAUGUGGCUGCUGACGGCCGCCUAGUGGAGUUCCAAGCAGCUGGCACGGCGCAAAGCUUCCGACACCGCUGCACCAUUCAGUUGCUGAAGUGUGAAAACGGAGCCGGCUCAGCGAUCGGCUUUGCAACCAAGGAGGCUGGCCGGGAUCACAUCAUGUGUUCCGAGGGCGGUUUCGCUUCCGGAGCUGGUGCUAGCAGCUAUGCCAUCUCAGUGUUUUCCAAUGGCAUGGGAAAUGUGUGGAAAAAUGGGAAACGUCUCUCACAGGUCCUGAAAAAUGUGCGAGAAGGUCGAAACCUGUGUUGCACUUUCGACAUGGCCAGAAGCUGUGUGCUGUUCUCGGUGGAAGGAAGCGACAAGGAUGGCAUCUCAGUGCCUGUGGACCAAGAGGACGUGGGAAAGGAAUUCGUUUUUACUGUCAGCUCCUGCUCCUGCGGUGCUCGCUAUCGCCUUGUCUGA